AUGGGGAAGUCCUGGGUCUGCAGGACCUGCAGCCCUGGGUCUGCACUAAAGGUCUUGUGGGCGAGACCUUUAGUGCAUCUCUGCAGGACAGGGGGCUACUUCUGUGGGUUCCCAGGGCUGGGCCUAUUAGGGAACCAGGCUGGUACGCUGGCGGAAAAACCAAGCGGCACUCGGAGAUCUUGGUGGAUCGGAGACUUAUUUAACACCGAAAGCACAGGAGAUGAAAGAUGGGGGGAGGGGGUGGUCAGCGUCCCAGCUGCACAAAGGUCACGGAGGCGGCGAGGCCCCUCCCUCACGCCGUCCUUGCGGAUCCGCCUGGCCCCAACGACACGCCAGCGGAAGCCCUGUCCUCGCCCUCGGAGUUCAGACCCAGACUCUUAUGGACGCACGCGUUUCCUGGCAGUGAACGCAGAGAAGGGUGGAGCGGGAACUCAGGGAAGAGCGCGCCCCCAAAGGUCCCGCCUUUGCCUUAGUAUUUCCACAUUCUCCGGCUCCUCUGGUCCCGCCUCCGUCCUCCCAGUCCCCGCAGGGCCUCUUUCCGGCCACGGGAUGCCCAGGAGAAUGCACCACAGGCUCUGCGGGAGGGUUCACGUGGAGCGGUGCAUGCCCAGCGGCUGCACGGCUGCACCGGGAAAGGGCCCACACGGGGCGGCGUGUGCCCAGCUCUUUCACGGGGAAAGGGCCCACGCGGGGCCGGGCGUGCAGAGGGAUUGCAUGGGGGUAGGUCCGCGCGUGGCGGUUGCACGAGGAAAGGGCCCACGCGGUGCGGUGCGUGUAGAGCGGUUGCUUGGGGGUAGGUCAGCGCGUGGCGGUUGCACGAGGAAAGGGCCCACGCAGGACGGCGCAUGCCCAGCGGCUGCACGGGGGAAAGACCCACCCGACAAGGCGCGUGCAGGGCGGUUGCAUGCGGCAGGGUCCGCGCGUGGCAGUUGCACGAGGAAAAGGCCCACGCAGGACCGCGCGUACCCAGCCGUUGCAGGAGAGGGCCCCACCAAGGCCUUUUCCAGCCCCGCCCCGACAGCGCAGGGGCGGGGUGCUCGCCGCCCAGAGGGGUGGAGUACAUCGCUGCCAGGACCCGGGAGGGGACGCGCGCACCGCUGCCUGGACCUUCCCGGGGAGAGUGUUGCUGCCGGGACUCCGAAGGAGGAGCGCGCACCCCUGCCAGGACUUUGUAACGGGAGCACGGCUGCCAGGAUCCCAAGGAGUGAAGCACACCUCUGCCAGGACCCUGCGUGGAGCGCACCGCUGCCAGGACCCUGCGUGGGGCGCCCCGCCGUCCCCGCUCCGCGCGUCCCAGUCGCCAUCCUGGUCCACGUCCUAGGCUCUCCGGCCGUGUUCUCCAUCCCCGUCCCCGGUCUCCGCCUCGUCUCGGGCCGGCCUCGCCCGCACUCCCUGGUCACCGUGCCUCCGCCCGCGCCCUUCCGGAGGGCCUCCGCCGCCGCCGCCCUGGCGCUGCCCGCCGAGGCCGCCUGCGCCCUGUGCCAGCGCGCGCCGCGAGAGCCGGUGCGCGCCGAUUGCGGCCACCGCUUCUGCCGGGCGUGCGUGGUGCGCUUCUGGGCCGAGGAGGACGGGCCCUUCCCGUGCCCCGAGUGCGCCGACGACUGCUGGCAGCGCGCCGUGGAGCCCGGCCGCCCGCCGCUCAGCCGCCGGCUGCUGGCGCUCGAGGAGGCGGCCGCUGCGCCCGCGCGCGACGGCCCGGCCUCCGAAGCGGCGCUGCAGCUGCUGUGCCGUGCCGACGGGGGCCCGCUGUGCGCCGCCUGCCGCAUGGCCGCGGGGCCCGAGCCGCCAGAGUGGGAGCCGCGCUGGAGGAAGGCGCUGCGCGGCAAGGAGAACAAGGGUUCUGUGGAGAUCAUGCGGAAAGACCUGAAUGACGCCCGGGACCUGCACGGCCAGGCUGAGUCUGCUGCUGCCGUUUGGAAGGGACACGUGAUGGACCGCAGGAAGAAGGCCCUGACUGACUACAAGAAGCUUCGGGCCUUCUUUGCCGAGGAGGAGGAGCGUUUCCUGCAGGAGGCGGAUAAAGAGGAGGGGUCCGCAGAGGACGAGGACACAGACCCGGCCGAGCGCUUUGGGUCACUGCUGCAGGCUGUCUCGGAGCUGGAGAGGAGGCACCGCAACCUGGGACUCAGCAUGCUGCUUCAGUGAUGUCCUGCCCUCUGCUGGCUCCAGACGGUAACAGCUCCAUCCACCCUGGCCUGUUGCCCAGCAGCUCCUCCAUCACCUCCUCCUGGACCCGCAAUGACCUUCACCCAUGAGGGUCUGCACCGAGGUGCACACGCAGGACGCAUACCAUGGGUGGCCACCUUGGGUGGGCCAAGACUGCCCCUAGCAGUGUCCCUGUUCCCUUUCCCUGUGGGUAUUCCUGGUCCCCAGGCUGUAACCGUUUUACCGUAGAGACCUGUAGCUACUGGUGGGUACUGUUGACCCCAAUGUAUCACGACUCUUCAUAAAGUUCUUGUUGCUGUCA